UUCUCAGUACACAGCACACAAUAGAAUUGGUGAAUUAGAUAGAUCUCAGAGAGAGAGAGAGAGAGAGAGAGAGAUGUCACGGGGGAGAUCUGAUUCAGGAGGAGGUUGUUUGAGACUAUGUUUGGUGUUGUUCGCAGUAGUCUCAGCUUUGGGUGUGUGUGGGCCUGCUCUCUAUUGGAGAUUCAAGAACCGCAUUACUCUUCGCAAUUCCAAUUCCAAUUCCAAUUCUUGUCCUCCAUGCCUCUGUGAUUGUCCUCCUCCUUUGUCCCUCUUCCAAGUAGCUCCUGGGCUGGCCAAUCUCUCUGUCUCAGAUUGUGGAAGUAAUGACCCAGAUCUAAAGGAAGAGAUGGAGAAGCAGUUUGUGGACCUUCUCACGGAGGAGCUUAAGUUGCAAGAGUCUGUUGCUGAAGCACACACUCGGCACAUGAACAUAACUUUGGCUGAGGCAAAAAGAGUGGCAUCUCAGUACCAGAGAGAGGGAGACAAAUGUAUUACUGCAACUGAAACAUGUGAGCAGGCAAGAGAGCGGGCUGAGGCCAUACUCAUCAAGGAGAGAAAGAUUACUUUGGCUUGGGAGCGACGAGCUCGUCAAAUGGGAUGGGAAGGAGAAUAACUGCGUUAAUUUACUAUUUAUAUUCUUUAUUGUCAUAAUCAUCUUUUUAUACAAGCAUGCAAGCAAAAUGCUUGAGUUGUCAACCAAUUUAGGUUAAAAUUGUUCUCAUACUGUGUUUGUAACUGUAUCACCUAUAUGCUAGUAUCAAACAAUUAUUACCCCACAGAUGAUACCAGUGCAUUCGCGUGUACUAUUACCACGACACACUCUCCUUGGCGCUGAAA